AAUGCAUGCCUAGAUUCAUUCGUGUAAGUUCUAGUAAAGCACUUGCACACCUUCCUUCAUUAUUGAUGAUUGUUAGUCCUCCAUAUACAAAUACUUGUACAUACGUACCUUAAUGACAGCUCAGUUAUUUGCCACGAGUAAAAGUUUGUUUGUGUUUAGUCUUAUUUUGAAGAGAGGAGACGAAGGUGGGUAUUUAACAAAGCUACUGCCAAUAACUGCAAUUGAACAGUAAACCUUUAAAUAUUUGGCUAACUCGACGACUUAAUCAGGAUCUGGCUUGCUACAUUGGUGCACAUGAUCCUCAUUCAUAAAACGGUUUCACUAGUUCCGUGAAACAUGCAAGUAUUUGCACUCCAUUAGGACAAAUGCAGUUUGUUUUUAAAUAAGUAAAGUUGAAAGGGAGGCUUAAUGAUACAUAUAUUUGACUAAAUAUUUUGUGAAAUUGAGUACGUUGCAGCCCAUAGCUUAAAGUAAUUAGCUUUUGUUUGAAAGUUUGAGAGGUAUUUCUUGAAGAAUUCUCUGUGAAGCGAGAAUGGGAGACGCUUACCGGUCCAAAAGCACAUUUGAUGCAGAUCUAUUCUGCAGUGUCGCUGGUCAUAAGAUGACAAUUUGUAGGAGUGAAGGUAACAAAGGCGAUGAUAUCGGGGUAGUAAAUAGUCUACCAGCUAUUGAAGUAAGGAAUGCGCACAAAUCCUUUGGGAGCAAGAUUCACGUUCUACAGAAUCUCAACUUGAAAGUUGAGACCGGAUCCAUAUACAGCUUGUUAGGGUCAUCCGGAUGCGGGAAAACGACCGUGUUAUCCUGCAUCGUUGGUCUUCAAAAGUUAGACAGAGGACACAUAAACGUGUUUGGAGAACCACCAGGGUCUGGGUGUGGUGUUCCUGGACCCCAAGUUGGAUACAUGCCUCAAGAAAUAUCUCUCUACAAUGAGUUUAGCAUUGAGGAAUCUCUCAACUAUUACGGGAGGUUGUAUGGGAUGUCGUCUGCAAAUAUGAAGGACUCCAUGGAGUCCAUAUUAAGACUGCUGGAGCUGCCUUGUGCGUCUCGUAGAAUAUGCACGCUCAGUGGCGGGCAAAGACGUCGAGUAUCAUUUGCAAUAGCUGUUAUCCAUCGUCCGCCCCUCCUAAUACUCGAUGAGCCCACCGUCGGUGUGGAUCCUUUAUUGAGAGAGAGUAUUUGGUCAUUUUUGAGACAACUCGUAUCAAUGCAAAGGACAUCGGUUUUAAUUACGACGCAUUACAUACAAGAGGCAAAUUAUUCAACGACGAUUGGAGUCAUGCGCAGUGGUCGGCUUCUUGUCGAAGCUUCUCCUCAAGAUCUUAUGGCGCAAUUCAAGCUCCCAUUAUUGGAACAAAUUGUGUUAACCCUGUGUCAAAAUGAUGCAAAGUCCACACCUGAGCAAUGUCACAAAAAUCUGAAAAGAGUUGGAAUGAAUUCUUCGUGUGAAGACAUAGAGAACCCCAAGGAACAUCAUGUCAGCCUGCAGAAGUACACUCGGGGCAUCAACUAUUAUUCCAAUAUUUUCAGUAUUGGAGGAGGAAAAAGCAUGACUCUCAAGGAUGGAAUGGGGUUUGCCCGAAAAUGUGACAAGGAAUCAAAUUCUAAAUCAAGUUGUGACUCGAGCUUACAAGAUAUCGGGAAGAACAGAGGAGAUGCUGAUCUUUGUUGCAGGGACGCUGUCUCAUCUAUUAAUCGAAUCAAAGCGUUGACCAUUAAAAAUUUUGUAGUACUACUUCGCAGCGUUCCUUCUGUUCAUUUUGUGGUCCCAGCAAUUCAAAUUGUGUUGAUCUGCCUUGCAAUCGGUCCGGAUCCCAAAAAAUUAGGCUUUGGAGUAAUUAACGAAGAGAUGAUUGCCAAUGGCUUUCCUACUGACGCGCCAUGCGUUCCGAAUCCUGGUUGUGGUGUGGCCCUGAGUUGUCGAUACUUAUCAAUGCUGCCAAAUGAGUCCUUGCACCUUAAAUCCUACACGAAUGUGAGUGACGCAUUGGAAGACAUUCGAAUGGGAACCAUAUGGGGCUACCUGCAAUUUCCUAAAAACUUUUCGGCUUAUCUUAUUGACCGUGGCGGAAAUCCAGCCUUUGCAUUAGAUGAAACUUACGACGGGAGCAGAAUUACGUUUGAAAUGGACAUGUCAAAUCAACAAAUUGGUCAUAACUUGAAAAGGAUUUUUAUUGAAGCAUUUUACACAUUCAUCGUUCAAGUGACCUUAGACUGUAAUCUUAAUCCGCGCCAAGUUGAGCUACCGUUGAAUUUUAAAACUCCAAUAUAUGGUUCUGAUGGGACAAGUUUCAGCGAAUUUUUGGCUCCAAGCGUUUUUCUGGGAUUGCUUUUCUUCUUCCCACUCUGCUCCAGCGGAAUUGCUUACAUUUCUGAAAAAAAAUCAGGGACAUUAUUCCGCUCCUUAGUGGCCGGAGUUACGACGGGGGAAAUUAUGGUGGCGUUCUUGAUCUCACAAAUCGCAGUCCUCAUGACUCAAUCCGGAUUAGCAUUUCUCAUUCUGAACGUGGUCUUCAAAAUCCCGAUACUCGGAUCUGUCCCUCUUGGCCUCUCCUUGGCAGUCUUAGUCGGGGUUGGAGGAAUGUCCAUGGGAUUUCUAAUUUCUGUAAUUUGUCAAGAAGAGAUUCAGGCUGUUUUACUUGCCAUAGGAUUUUUCUUCCCAAACUUUUUGUUGGCAGGCAUGGUUUGGCCGAUUCAAGGCAUGCCGAUUGUUCUACAAUACAUUGCAUAUUUAUUACCCUGUACCCUUGCUUGCGAAUCAAUGAGGUCGAUAGUCUCUCGUGGGUGGAGUUUUACACAUCCCUCUGUUUUUCCUGGGUUUAUCUCUACCGGUGGAUGGAUUUUAAUUUAUUGGAUAUUGACUAUUUUAUUACAACAUUUCAAAGCCAAAAAAUAAAAAUAAAUAAAUAUGUGAAUAGAGUAAAAA